AUGUACACCACGGGCUCGUACGUCAUCUGCGAAGUUUCCUGCGAGUUCUGCGAGAACAAGCUUGGUGUUACAUAUGUCGUGGCCCCUGACGCCCGAAAUCAGUACAAGGUCGGCAAAUUCUUGCUGGGGGCUGAUCGGCUGAUCUUGCCCCCUGGCGUCACGCAUCCCAAG